AUGGAUCAAAAUAAAACAGAAUGCCCUAAAUGUAAAUCAAGUGAAAAGGUUAUUAAAAUAGUUUAUGGAAAACCAACAGCUGCAUUGGUUGAACAAGCAGACAGAAAAGAAAUAAUUUUAGGAGGAUGCCGUCUUUCAGAAAAUCCAGAUAAUUGGUAUUGCUAAACUUGUUCUCAUAAAUUUCAUUGA